AUGGAUGAAAUUACUCAACCGACCGCGACACCUCAAACAACGAGUAUUUUGUCAUACGAUUUUUCAAACUCUUCAUUUUCUCCUAUGUCUCCUAUCACGCUUCAUCAAAUGGAAACGCCUACAAACAUCGAAGACAGGAGUAAUUCCACAAGCGAAUCUAAUAGUUAUCCAGUUGUUAGUUACCCUCAGUUGGUAUCUAUGGCUAUAGAAGAAGAGAGAGAAUGA